AUGACGGAUACCACUGUUUCAACAACUAAUCCGAAAACAAUUUCAUCAACAGAAGAAACUGUUGCCAAUGGAGGUGUCGUAACAACAACCACAAAAAGUAAAACGAUCAAUCCGGAUCAUUCAGUCACAACAACAACCACAAUAAAUAAAACUGAUCAAGCAAAUGGGGAAAAGAUCACGACCACUUUAUCCCAAACAACUUCGUCAUCGUCGUCAUCGGAUCCUGACCUUGAAAAGAAAAUUAUUCGACAAAUUGAAUACUACCUCGGUGAUGUCAACAUGGUCAAAGAUAAAUUUCUCAAAGGCGAAGUAGCCAAAGAUAAUGGUUGGAUUCCAUUAUCAGUCUUAACAACAUUCAAGCGCCUCCAAUCGUUAACAACUGACUUCGGUGCCAUAACGAAUGCAUUAAAGAAAUCAGUAUCUGGGCUUUUACAAAUCGAUGAAGCUGGAAAUAAAAUUCGUCGUCAUCCAGAUCGAACAUUACCAAAUAGCCAAGCUGAAUUCGAAUUAUCAUUACGUAGUCGUACGGUAUAUGUCAAAGGCUUCCCGAAAACCGCCGAUGUUACAAUAGAAAAACUUUUGAUAUUCUUUGAACAAUUUGGUUCGAUCGAAAGUGUUCAAAUGAAAAGACAAUUCAAAUCGAAAGAUUUCGGUGGUGCUGCAUUUGUUGUUUUCUCCAAUGAAGAAAAAGCUCGAGAAUUCGUUGACAAAUGUAAAGAAACGCCAAUCAAAUAUGAAGAUGGUUCAGAAUUAGAAUGUUCGUUACAAGAUGAUCACUAUAAAAAGAAAGCAUUGGAAGUAGCCACUGGAAAGAAGUCUCCGGAUGAUGAUAAACAAGCACGAAAAGAGAAACGAAAAGAAGAAUUAGAAAAGAAGACGAAUGAACAUCUAGAAAAAUUAAAUAACGAAAAUUUGCCCGGUGCUUUGAUUCAUCUUGCUGGUAUGGCUGCCACCGCCACACGAGAACUCAUUAAAGAAAAAUUCAAUCCAUUUACUAAAACACCUUGGAUUGAUUUCAACAAGGGCGAUGCUGAGGCUUGGGUUCGAUUAAAUGAAGCAAACACAGCGAAGGAUGUUUUGCAAAAAGUAUUAGCAGCUGCUCAAGGCAAACUGGUCAUUGCAGAUAAGGAAGUCAUAAGUCGAGUAGUAGAAGGUGACGAAGAAACUCAAUUCUGGAAAGAAGCGAAUGCAAAACGUGCUGCAGAACGAACGAAAAAAGGAGAUCGAUUUGGUGGAAAUAAACGCGGAGGUUUCGGCAAACGAAAUCGUCGAGGUGGACAAAAACGGAAACGUAAUCAAAAUGAUGAUGAUGAUGAUGAUCAAUCGAACGAUGAUCAAGAUCAAUCAACAACAUCGAAAAAAGCAAAAGGAACAACAGCUGAUUAG